ACACAUCCAGCAACAUUUGAGGCUUUUUUGCAGAACUUGGAUUGCCUUUCUUUGAUAUUUUAAGAAGGAAUUAUUAAAAAGUGGGGUUGUGGGCCGAAAGCAAAAAGGAGCUUCGUUGGACCAUACUGAGCAUGCUCAGAUGCACAGGAACUGGGCGUUAUUAAAUAAGCGAAAGUGCGGCUACACUAGUCUGUGGGUUCUCUCGUGCAUCGGACGCAGAACGGCGGCGCUCUAUCCGUUGACGUCUCGGUGGUGAAGGCUCUCUCGCGUGGGGCAAGGAGGGGGCUUGGCUGAUAGUGUCUGUCAGGGCUUGUUCCCCCUUGGCUGUUUCUCCUUAAUGCCAUUUUGAGCUAAAUUAAGGGGAAGGGGCAGAAUUAGGGUUUGGAGGGGUUGUGCUUUUGAACAGGGGUUGGAAUAUGUGGGGUGGGAGAGGGUAGGAGUCAGGCGUGGAGGGUGUUUUUCAGAGGGGCCAGUUUUCAGAGCCAUGGAGCAGCGUCACCUGUUGGACUCCCUGCCGCUGGCCAGCUCAGGGACCCAGCAGGACCCCUCUAAGUGCCCCACAGCAGAGCAGGUUCUUCCCCAAUUUCUGCAGCUUUUUGCAAGCAAGGGAGCCCAGCAAGCUGGCAGCAAAGCCCAAGCUGGGAUGGUCAGAGACCUCUUGGCCAUCUUGGAGGCUGUGGACUGCCACUGGUUAUUUGGGGACUGCCCCCCGAAGGCGACCCCCACUGUGCUGAGCAACUUGGUGGCGGCACUGAUCCAGUAUGGGGCACUGCCCCAACAGGAAGCAGGAGGAGGAGAGCUCUCCAGCGACCACCCCGCGUUCUCUGCAGCUGCUGAACAAGCCGCAGACGCCAGCCAGGUCUUUCGCAGCCUCUUGGCAAAGGUGACAGUGGCAAGAAACGCUAAGAAUCUGGGCGCCGCGGCGGUUGACUCGGUCUUGCACCAAGUAGCGGGGCCCGUGUAUGUCUUUGCUGUGACUCACACAGCCAAGAAGCCAUGGAGUAGACCCAGGACUCGGAGCAGGGCACAGGAGCUGCUGGAAGAUCUGCUUCAGGCCUCAGGCUGCCAGUCAGUGCCUGAGUUCCUCAGAGGUGCACGUGGAGGUGAAGAAGGGUGGUUUGCGGAGGUGAUGCAGUGCCUCAAGCCAGAGUUGACCAAAGAAACGUGGCAACGCAAUCCAGCUACAAAGCACGUGUUCUCCUGGACGCUCCAGCAGGUCACACGGCCCUGGCUCAGCCUGCAUCUAGAGAAAGUUCUGCCACUACCACUGCUGCUAUCGGAUGACUACCGAGUAGAGAAUAAGAUCCUGGGAGUGCAGUGCCUACACCAUAUCGUUUGUAAUGUGCCAGCAGCUGAGCUCUGCCAGUUCAACAGGGCACAAGUUUUGUACCACGCCAUCUUCAACCAUCUUUACAGCAAGGAGGCCAAGCUUGUGCAGGUUGUGUUGCUGUGCCUGCUGGACCUGCUGGCGGUCCUGGAGAAGGCCCCGCAAUGGCUGUCCCACAAGCCCCCGUCUGCCACGCCCUCCGAAGAGGUGCUCCGAUUGGUCCUGACCCAGAUGGAAGUGGAGCACCGGCUCUCCCUGCGGAGGGUGUAUGCCCAGAACCUGACAGCCUUUGUAGAGAGGUUGGGUAUCCAGAUCGCUCGUCAUCUGAAGAAGCUGCAGCCGGUGAUUGUGGGAUACCUGGAAAUCGCAGAUGGACCUGAAGAAGCUGCCAGACUGGCGACACUAGAGACACUGAAGCAGACCAUCCAGCAUGCCUGGCCCAGAAUGUCUUGCCACCUUGAUGUGCUCCUCAAGGCUUUACUGAAACUGAUGUGGGACGUGGCCACAGACAGGAGUCAAACACCAGACUCAGUAAGAGCAUCAUUGCUCCAGGGAGCCACUGAGUGCCUUCUCUUAUUGGAUCGCUGUUCUCAUGGACAGGUGAAGACGCUGCUGCAAGGAGUCUACCGCUGCUGUCAAGAUGAGCACAUGAAGGACUACCUAAGGAAAGUCCAGGAGGAGCCUACAAGAAGUCUUUCCUACGCAGAGCUCAAGAGAGAUGACGUUUCAAGUUGAGAAUACAUUCAAAGUUGGAAGGAGCAUGCCCUGGGGCUUAGUGAAAUCCCACCAGCACUCUGGUGCUAGCUAAAACCCUGUUUAACUGCUGAAGAAAGGAAAUAGACAGAAGGGUGGUUGCAGCCGGCUCCGGUUUAUUUUUAUGCUACUUUUCUACCAAAAAUAGGCCCCUCAAAGUGGCUUGCAAGGCAAUAAAGACAUGUACAAAUAGUUUUAAAAAACUAGCCCGCUUCACUCCCCCAACCCCAAAGGUGGAUUAUCCAAAUGCCCAUUCGUUUCCCAGCUCCAGUUUACAAGGCUUCCAUUUCGAAGGAAGUUUCCUGUUGGCCUUUCAGCUGUCUUUGGAGUCUUAAAAGUAAGUAAGUACGAGCAAGCUUUGCUGAGCGACGCUGGCCGACCAUCCCACCAGCCAGCUCACUCAGUACAGUUCUUGCGUCUGCCCCCUUCUCCUAGGUGGAGGUGUCAUGUGGCUUUCGAUUUCAACAGUGGUUCCGUUUCCUGCUCAUACUCUAUUUCAACAUAAGCUCGUUUCCUCCUGGCUGGCCCCUUCAGUGGAGUUUUGCCCUUAGACCUGGGCUGACGGUCGCCCUCUUCUUCCUCACUAGACGUAGCCUCCUCUUCCUCCUCACUGCUUGUCGGCAGAUUAUCCAUCUCCUUGGCAGAGAAAGCAAAAGCGUCAGGUGCCUCUGUUUCUAGCUUCCCCAAUGCCUCUGCUUUAAACACACACUUCUGUCGGUCUGUGGCCGACAUCCUGACUAACAAGGUGCUUGCACAAGAUAGUUGCACAAAAAGGUAGUCAGAUCUUGGUUGUAUUUAAAACAACCAAGGCAUGCUGCAUUUGUGCACAACUGCACAAGCAUUCUUGUGGUAGCACAUGUCCCAGAUAUGUCCCAGCACAUGGGGGGGGGGGUAUCAAAGCCCUAUGGCAAGCCAUUCCAUAAAUAUGCAAAGGGGGAGUAACCACAAAAAGGAAAUGGCAUACAGUGCCUCCAUUACUAGGUCUGAGGAGUUGUCCCAGGCAAGCACAGACUCCGCCCAGGAGGCCAGGGCAGGCCACCCCUGAUAGGCCAGGGCAUGUGCUGUGCACAGACCACCACUCUGCCUCCUUCUCUGCUGCCUGGAGAACUUCAAGAGGCCUCCCGGCAGAAUCAGAAAGGCCUCCAGAAGCCCUGUCCAUCCGCCAAACAGCUGAAGGUCGGCUCUGGGGAAACUCAGGAAGGCCACCGCUGGGAGGAGAUCAGGCUGCACCUGCCCUUACCCUCACAGUUGUGCUCGGAUGGACAGGUGGGCAGCAGUACAGCAGGGAAAUGGGGAUUUGGAGGGGGGGCCCCAGGGGUGUGGGGAGCCAGACUUCUGCUCAGAAGUCCAGUCCAAAGAGCGCCGAUGGCUGGGGGGUGAUGGGAGUUGUAGUUCAGCAACAGCUGGAGAGCCAAGGUUGCCUACCCUAGUCCUAGUGAAAUAAAAUGGAAUGGAUUUCCCUAGAAUGGAAUGGAUUUCCCUAGGAUUUCCCUAAAAUAGGAUUUCCCUAUUGCCUCUUCUUCGUCAUGAGCCCCACCACCCACUGAGAGCAGCUGGAGAGGUCCAUCUACAUUUUCCACUGGCUCGAAUGGUGGCCACUCGGACGGGCCUUCCCCACUGCUGCCCCGAGGCUUUGGAUUGCGCUCCCUAGUGAAACAAGAGCCUCCCCAUCUCUGACAGCUUUUAAAAAGCCUUUAAAGACGCAUCUGUUCACCCAGGCUUUUAAUUAAUAUUGUUUUAAUGGUUUUAAUGCUGUUUUAAAAUAUUCUUUUAAAAGUUUUAAAUUGUAAUGUUUUAAACUUUUCAUUUUUGUUUUAACUAAUGUUUUACUUUCCGUUUUUAUUUUGUUGUAAACCGCCCAGGGACAUAAGUUUUGGGCGGUAUGAAAAUGUUAAUAAAUAAAUAAAUAAGCAA